GGGGGAUGAAGGGAUGAAGGGAGUGAGUUUUAGCUGGGGGAGGAGCAGCAGAGUCCAGGCUCGCCACCGACCCACGACCAAACCGCGAUGUGCUCCCUGCUGCUUCCUUGCCCUCUCUGGGCUCCUCUGCUGAGCCUGGUGCUCCUCUCCAUCCCUGCAGCACACACAGCAAAGUGUCCCAAGCAGUGCGUCUGUGACCAGAUCCAGCUCACGGUGGCUUGUGUCAACAAGAACUUGACCCAAGUUCCUCCCACUAUUGAUGAGAUCACAGUGAAGUUGGAUCUUCGUGGUAAUGACAUUCAGGAACUUCCCACCGGGGCGUUUAAACACACUCCUUACCUGACUCACCUGUCACUGCAGCGGAGCAACAUUCACAAAGUGAAGGAGGGGGCUUUCCGCGGCCUCGGCCGCCUGGUCUUCCUCAACCUGGCCGGCAACAACAUUGAGAUUCUCUACCAGGAGUCAUUCGACGGCCUGUCCUCGCUGAAGCAGCUCAUGAUGGAUCAUAACCGGGUGGAGGAGAUCAAGCCUGGAGCUUUCUCUCAGCUAGGCUUCCUCAACCUGCUCUCUCUCAAGCACAACCGGCUGGUCUACAUCCCCAACAUGGCCUUCCAGGGCUUGCAGAACAUCAAGUGGCUUCGUCUCAGUCACAACUCACUAAACUACCUGGACAUCGAGGCCUUUGCUGGUCUGUUUACACUCAACCGACUCAGUCUGGACCACAACGAGUUGCAGUUUUUCCCCACAGAGACCAUGUCAAGACUCUCCGAGGUGACUCGUCUCGAUCUGAGCUACAACCCCAUGACGUACCUUGGAGAGGAAGAAGUGUCCAUGGCCAAGCUUGCCCAUCUCUUCCUGGACCACAUGUCUUUGCAGGAUCUGUCUAACACAGCUGUGUCUAAGUCUCCCAACCUCGUCCACCUGGACCUCAGUCACAACCAGCUGCGGGUCGUCCAGCCCUUCUCCGAAGGGUCGGCCAAGCUGGCGCGUCUCAACCUGGAUGGGAACCCCAUCUUCUGCAACUGCUACCUGCGCCCUCUCAGAGAGUGGGCGAUCCGUCGCAAGGUGAAGCUGGUGGGCACGUGUGGAGCGCCCGCUCACCUGAGCGGGGAGAGCCUGCAGGGCGUUUACCCUGCUCAGCUGCGCUGCCAGAGCCAGCAGGCCAUGAUGAAGGCAGAGCUGGAGGAAGCAGCCAGGUACACGCCUCCGCCCACUGAAAACCCGGGCAAAAAAAUUAAAUGUCCAACCAACUGCGUCUGUGAGGCGGAGACGCACCACUCUUCAUGUGAGAACCGUGGUCACACCAAGGUGCCCCGGGGUUUCUCUCCAGACACACGUCUCCUUGACCUACGCGACAACCACUUCCACCAGCUACCCAGCAACAGCUUCCCCGGCGUGACCCAGGUGGUGUCUCUGCACCUGCAGCGCUGCAAGAUUGUGGAGGUGGAAGGAGGGGCUUUCAGUGGGAUGAAGGGGCUGAUAUACCUGUACCUGUCUGAGAACGACCUCUCCUCCCUCAGUCCUGAUGCCUUUAAAGGUCUCCCUCAGCUGACUUACCUUCACCUGGAGAAGAACCGCUUCGUGGAUUUCCCUAAAGGAGCCUUCAAGCUGGUGCCCCAUCUGCUGGCACUUCACUUGGAGAACAACACCAUCUCCAAGCUGGAACCAGGGGCCAUGACGGGGGUGGAGCGUCUCCGAGCCCUUUAUCUCACCGGGAAUGCCAUCGCACACGUGUCGCCCAGGGCUCUGGACCACGCCAACGACCUGGACACGCUCCACCUGGGGGGAAACAAGCUGAAAGGGGUUCCCACUGAAGCGCUGAGCAAGGCGGGGAACAUCCGGGACCUCAGGCUGUCCGGCAACGCCAUCCAGUGGGUGGGACCAAACGCCUUUCAGCCUCUGGAGAACUCGCUGAAGGAGUUGUAUCUGGAUAACAUGGGGCUGGAGAGAAUGUCGCAGGACUCCCUGGCAGGUCUGGGUUCAGGGUUGAGGAGUUUGUUCCUGGAGGGCAACCAGCUGGAGGAGGUGCCCGACUUCCAGAUGCUCACAUCUCUGGAGGUCAUCAACCUGGCUGACAACCCUCUGAUGUGUGACUGCCCUCUGCUGCCACUACGCAUGUGGAUUGAGAAAGUUAACCUGAAGGUACGAGCCACGUGUGCGAAUCCUCCUGAAUUGAGGGGUCGAAUGGUCAAGGACGUCCACAUCUUCAAGGCCUGUCCUGGUGGGGAGAGUCUCCCGGACCCGCCUGCUGGCACCCCAAACCCGCCCAGGGCAGCCAAGGCUGCCAAACGCAAACCAGCGCACCAAGCCAGUGGCCUUCAGCGGGCCAAAACAUCCAAGGCCAAGAGACAGCCACGUGAAAAUCAGAACACAAAACAGGGAGCUGCAAAUACAUCCACAAAGAAACGCAGCGUGGGUUAAAUGUACGACCCGAAUCUGACUCGUACUGAUGUUUUAGAAACUGAACGUCCAUUAAACUGGCCCAGACCAAGAUAAAUGUUUAGGUUAAGCAUUUGACUGAACUGUCAGGUCAUUAAAUAGCUCGUACACCAUUUUUCAGUUGGUUGACGUAAAAAAAAAGACCUUUCCUUUCAUGUUCCCUGCUGGCAUUAAGUCUGGGAAUAUAGGGCAAGCGAGCCAGUUAAGAAGUAACAAACCUGAAGAGUACAUACCACGAUAAUAAAAACAAAAUAAAUAGUUUGAAAGCAUUUAUUUUGAAGUCUGAAGUGACCACCAAAUCAAAAGAUCACAAAAAUGAACCUAAACUUGUAAUUUAUGGCCACAGAAGUCUGAAAAUGUGUUAUUUACAGACGAUGAGCGUGGAAAUAUUCAGCUUCUCUGUCUUUAUCUCCACAGACUUUCACAUCAACACCAGUUUCAACUAGAGGCAGAUAUGCAGAGUUGAGCGGCUUAAACCCUUAAAACCAGCUGCUGUGAGCAGAGACGUGAAGACGGGGUUGAAAACUGAGCUUUCAUACUUGAUUAAAUGUACAUUUGCACGAUAGUUUGAUGCUGGAGAGAGGUAGAGUCCCGAACUCCAACCCCCCAAAUUACUAUGGAAAAUGACUUUACUUAAAGCAUGUCACACAUUUCAUCAAUAUGUCUCUUUUAAAAACCCAGUCCUCUAUUUUUAAGCGUUAAAUUGCAUUUGGAUCAACAAAGAUAUUUAGCAAGUAAAGACAGAUAUCACCAAAUAGUAAAGUUCCUCAGCUGUGAUGCUUUGCAAGGUUUUUUCUUAAGUCCCCAGCUGCUGUUUGUUGUCAAUUGUGCUUUUAGUUGUCUUCAGCAAGUGAAGAGUAGCGUUAUAAGGACAAAAACAUCUUAAAAGAAGGUCCCCGUCUAAACUGUGACAAACUAUCCCAUCAACGGUUUACGGUGUAUUUUUAAGCAUUAUACACUUAAUCUGGCUUCUCCUGUGACAUCAAUAAUCAAUGGAAGGCCCUCACGUUUUACUGACGAUGUGAUACACUUCAGGUGACGAACCAUUCACGUUAUUCUGAUGUAGCAGGAUUGGUUUCUUCUGCAACUUUGAAUUUUAAGAUGUUUUUAUGAAAACUGUUUUUUAAGUUUAAGUGAUUUACAACCUCCAUUGUGCUGUUGCUACGCUUUUUCUUUAACCUUAUGAUAUGAACGAUAUAGCUACCACAUUGGUUGUAUGCUCCAUCGGUGUUGUCGUCUAUAGACAUUCAGGCCUCAUUUAUUACACUUAAUCACCUCACUUGCUUAGUAGAUGAAGAAAUAAUGGGAGCCGCCCACACCUGUCCUAUUAAGACUUUUUGAAGCAGCUGUGGGGAAAUAAAGAAGCAUGCAAUAAAUAAAGAACAAUCAUUUCCAGUCUUAAUUUAAAUUUCAUUGUGAAAACCCUCAAAUCAUAACAGACUCUGCACUUUUGUAUUUUAUAACAGGCUCAAAUGACAAGAUGUACAAAUACUGUAUAUGUUUUAUCUACACAUGCAGCUCCAGUUGAAAAUAAGGAGAUACAGUGAAUGUCAGUAAUAAAAACACGCUCUGCUGUUA